GGAGUGGGAAGGGCAGCAGUAGCAGCAGCAGCAGCAGCAGCAGCAGCAGACGACGACGAGGACGACGAUCCAAACUCCAAAGCUGAUUAUCACCAACUACCAUUUCUCUAAGUUGGGGCUCAGAGGGGAGCCAUCAUGAGCGAUGUUACCAUUGUGAAAGAAGGUUGGGUUCAGAAGAGGGGAGAAUAUAUAAAAAACUGGAGGCCAAGAUACUUCCUUUUGAAGACAGAUGGCUCAUUCAUAGGAUAUAAAGAGAAACCUCAAGAUGUGGAUUUACCUUAUCCUCUCAACAACUUUUCAGUGGCAAAGUGCCAGUUAAUGAAAACAGAACGACCAAAACCAAAUACAUUUAUUAUCAGAUGUCUCCAGUGGACCACCGUUAUAGAGAGGACAUUUCAUGUAGAUACUCCAGAGGAAAGGGAAGAAUGGACAGAAGCUAUCCAGGCUGUAGCUGACAGACUGCAGAGGCAAGAAGAAGAGAGAAUGAAUUGUAGUCCAACCUCACAAAUAGAUAAUAUAGGGGAGGAAGAAAUGGAUGCAUCUACAACACAUCAUAAAAGAAAGACUAUGAAUGAUUUUGACUAUUUGAAACUGUUAGGUAAAGGCACUUUUGGGAAAGUCAUUUUGGUUCGAGAGAAGGCAAGUGGGAAAUACUAUGCUAUGAAAAUUCUCAAGAAAGAAGUUAUUAUCGCAAAGGAUGAAGUGGCACAUACCCUAACUGAAAGCAGAGUAUUAAAGAACACUAGACAUCCCUUUUUAACAUCCUUGAAAUAUUCCUUCCAGACAAAAGAUCGUUUGUGUUUUGUGAUGGAAUAUGUUAAUGGGGGAGAGCUGUUUUUCCAUUUGUCGAGAGAGCGGGUGUUCUCUGAGGACCGCACACGUUUCUAUGGUGCAGAAAUUGUCUCUGCUUUGGACUAUCUACAUUCCGGAAAGAUUGUAUACCGGGAUCUCAAGUUGGAGAAUUUGAUGCUGGAUAAAGAUGGACACAUAAAAAUUACAGAUUUUGGGCUUUGCAAAGAAGGGAUCACAGAUGCAGCCACCAUGAAGACGUUCUGUGGCACACCAGAGUAUCUGGCACCAGAGGUAUUAGAAGAUAAUGACUAUGGUCGAGCAGUGGACUGGUGGGGCCUAGGAGUUGUCAUGUAUGAGAUGAUGUGUGGGAGGUUACCUUUCUACAAUCAGGACCAUGAGAAACUUUUUGAACUGAUACUAAUGGAGGACAUUAAAUUCCCUCGAACACUCUCUUCAGAUGCAAAAUCAUUGCUUUCAGGGCUCUUAAUAAAGGAUCCAAAUAAGCGCCUUGGUGGAGGACCAGAUGAUGCAAAAGAAAUUAUGAGACACAGUUUCUUUUCUGGAGUAAAUUGGCAAGAUGUAUAUGAUAAAAAGCUUUUACCUCCUUUUAAGCCUCAAGUAACAUCUGAGACAGAUACCAGAUAUUUUGAUGAAGAAUUUACAGCUCAGACAAUUACAAUAACACCACCUGAAAAAUACGAUGAGGAUGGAAUGGACUGCAUCGACAGCGAGAGGCGGCCUCACUUCCCUCAGUUCUCCUACUCCGCAAGCGGCCGAGAAUAAGCCUCGCAGUCCACUCCUUCACAGCAUCUUAGACUGAGCACUGGAAACGGCUCCUGGACAUCGCCAACGGUCCUCGCUCUUGCAGACAGUGGGAACAAAAGUCUCCGACCAACCAAGGAAGGGUCUUUCACCCCUAACCUCUCACCCACACGAAAACACACAUAUAUGCAAACACACUCGACUUUCUGUUUUUGCAUGAAAUUGUAUCUCAGUCUAAGGUCUCAUGCUGUUGCUGCUACUGUCUUACUCUUAUAGCAACUUUAAGAGGUAAUUUUCUGAUUUUUGUGAAUCAUGAGUUCACCAUGGUUGAUUUGUGCACCAACUGUUAUCUUUGUUGUCUUUUAGUUUUUGUUUUCCCUAACAAUGAAGGCUGGGAGGGGUCCUUUGACUCUAGGUACCUCUUAAAACGUUCUAGAAGCUAAAUCAAAAAUGAAUGAAGCGAAGAAGAUUUAGUAUGUGAUUCUAAGCACUUGGGAAAGGAUGGUCGUGUGCACCGGAUGCAGGGUGGUAGUGAGACACACCGGUAGGGAGAGAUCACUAAGGGCUGGCUGGGACUCGUUAGGAAGAAGGUGAGAGGACUACACAACUGUUGAUGAGUGGGUGUGUGUACAUACACAUUCCUGUUGAAUACUGCAGAAGAAGCUGUGUCUCGCGGGCAGUCAUGGACACGGUUCGGACAUGAAGGCGCACACAUGGCAGAGGUAGCGUCAUGGAGAGGGUUCAUGUUCAGUGCGUGCCAGAGAGCAUUUUUGCGCCUGCGCUUGGAAGCGUCUUCCCUUCCUUGGUGUUUAUCACCUUUGAUGGCUGAAGAAUGUAGACAGAUACGAUGAUCCUGCUUUUCACCAAAAUUUGUACACCAGGUAAACAGGGGUUCGCCUUAUUUGUUUUAAUUUUCUGCUUUCAAGUUUUUCAUUAUUUCACUUUUUUUCCUCAGAUGUUAAAACUUGGAGUAGCCUUUAUGGUUUUGUUGGUACUGCAGUAGUAUUUAUUAUUUAGUGAUGAGGAUCAUAUGUCAUGUAGCCAGUGCAGCUCCAACUUACACAAGAUAGACAGCAUGCAGCUUCUUUUGACCCAUGGGCAAGGAACGUACAAGCUGAUGAGAAUCAUGCACUUUUUCUCCUGUGUUUAAAAAAUAUAUAUAUAUUGAUAAAAGGCUCUGACGUUGUACAUAUUGGUUUUGGGAGAAGAGAUGCUGUCGUUUAACCCCUUGGUGUUGAAAAUAUCUAACUAUCCAUGCCAAGGGCUUAACGCAACAUGUGGAUGUUGAUGUGUGCUUAGUCGGGGAUGGAUCCAUUCAGAAGGUCUGGCAGCACGGUGUGAUGAAGACAGCCGAGACUUGAACGAUGAUGAGAAAAGAACUUUACUUGGCACGAUGAACACAGCUCAUCUGUUCACUAAGUAGGCAGUAAGGAUAAGACCUGGUGUGUUAGUUCUGAUCUUGGUACACUAUCACUGAAUUAAGCCAUCAGGGAAACAAAACAAAACAGAACAGCUCCAACCUUUCCUUUUUCUGUAUCUACUCAUGUCCCUCCGUUCCCACAUUUCUCACUGAAUGGGGGCAUGUAUGCAAACCUCAUCUUCCUCCUUCGUCAAUGAUGAUCUUCAGAUCCAACCCUUUGGUGCUAGGAGCUGACAUUUUCCAAAGCAGCCUGUGAAGUCCAGGGAGCGGGGCCGGUCUUGCGGCAGCGGCAGCAGCAGCCCAGACUCCCUGCAGUGAUCGUGGAAAUGCAGUUUAGCUAAACUCCCUGACAGCUCCCAAAAUGGAAGACUACAGCGUUAUGUACUAUGAUGAUUGAGCAAGUGACUUUUACAGUAGGAUGAAUCAUAUUCAUGUGCAGAUGUCUUAGCCUCAAGAUGCUGGAAGUAUGGAUUUUAUAGAUAAGAAACCACUGCUGGCGGUGGGUGGGCCACUGGGACUGACGGGGGUUAAAGGGCAUUUUAUUAAGGCAGCUAAGACAUAUUCAGACUUAGAUUUUGUCCUGAUUUUUCAUAUUUUUAUCUUAGUGAAGCUCAUCUUUAAUAUUGAGUGGGAAGUUACAGUAAGUGGUAGUUCACUCUGAACACAUGUAGAUCAACUUUGUUAUUUUGAAACUUGCAUUGAUGUUGACUCUUUCACUUUGACGAGAACGUAACCUAGAAAGUGUGUCCUGUGAGUUGUUUUGCGUCCAUUCAUAAGAAAGAAACAGAGGGAGGAAGAGAACUGAGAGCCUGGCUGCAGGUCAGAGCCCUUGUUCCUGCAGAGGGAAAGUGUAGCACCACACACACACUGAGCACAGCGCUUUUUUCCCCCCUUCUGUGUGUGUGUGUGUUUUAAAUCGUAAGGUGAUUCCAUGGCCUUGGCAAAGAAUGCCUUCCUAAAGAUUAAUGACCAGCGCUGACAGGGCCGCAGGGUGGCCCCUCCUCACAGCU